UUUUGAGUUUAAUAUCUCGCGUGAGUUCAUUUCCAUGGUGUUUUGUUUACAAAUGUCUGCCUCCAUCUAUUAAUUCACAGAUUUAAUAAUUUACUAUUUAACAGAUUAUCUGAUACAGACAUGCCUGCAGAAAAUCAAAUAGUUGAAGACAAGAAGGACAAGAAAAAGGAGGAAGCAACACCUACUGUGUUGAAAGGGGUCUAUGUUUUCCCAAAUGGAGAUAAAUAUGAAGGAGAUUAUUUACAUGGUACAGACGGGUCAAUGGACCGAUCAGGAAUGGGAAUCCAUGUUACUACUGAUGGUACAAUGUAUGAAGGAGAAUGGAACCAGGAUAAAAUGAAUGGACAGGGAACCCUGAAACAUCCUACUGGUGCCAAGUAUGAAGGACAAUUUGUUAACAACCAGUUCCAUGGUUUAGGGACAUAUACCUGGCCUAAUAACUCAGCUUACACCGGACAGUUUGUUGAAAACAGACUUGAAGGAGGUGGAGAGUUUACCGAUACAGACGGACAGGUGUGGGAGGGGACAUUCAGAUACAGAGCUGCUCCAGGACUCAGAUUUAAACUCAAUCUAGACUAAGAUAAAAACAAUAACAUCACCAUGAUGGUGAUCUAUAAGAAGCAUUUGGGACAAAGAUUGCCUUUAUGUCAUGGAAGAAUUAACAUUUGUAAAUAUUGUACAUUGUAAAUAAAUCAUGCAGAUCAUUAA